UGAGAAUGUAGUUUCGAGAUAUCAAAAUAUUAUGCCCCUCUAGAGUCUAUACCGAUUACCGAUAUCGCUGAUUGACGUUCUCACUGGCUUAGUGGCCUCCGUCAUAAGUUGCAACCACUCUUGGAUGUUUAUGGCGUCGUUUGGAUCGCAAUAACUCUUCGUCGGCCUAAACUUAACUGUUUGAAGUUGCAAGUUCACUUCUUCGUUCGUGCCCUACCGGUCCGUGAACGCGGAUCGUCCUUGUCGCCAUUGAUCACACGUCGUGCGAAAAGAUGAGUGUCGACAUGGUGGAAGACGGUCAGGAUGAGGACAAUUCAGCAUAUGGUAGCUGUGAGGGUCCGGAUGCUAUGUAUGUCAAGCUGAUAUCGAGUGAUGGACACGAGUUUAUCGUAAAGCGGGAGCAUGCCUUGAUGUCAGGCACAAUAAAAGCCAUGUUGAGUGGCCCUGGCCAGUUUUCAGAAAACGAAACAAACGAAAUCCACUUCAGGGAGAUACCCUCUCACGUUUUACAAAAGGUCUGUAUGUACUUUACAUACAAAGCUCGUUACACAAACAGCUCAACCGAGAUUCCAGAGUUCCCUAUUCCACCACAAAUCGCUUUGGAACUUCUGAUGGCAGCUAACUUUUUGGAUUGUUAAUGUUGAGUAAUGAAAACCGAUUUUCACAAAUUAUUACAAUUUCAGAAUUAAAUAAUCUAUAAGCUUUUAAAACAUUCUUGUCUUCAUAAACUUGAUAGUUUAAACAUUAUUGGAAUGGUAAAUGAUAAUUUUAUAGUCAAUUAUUUUUAUUGUAACUAUAAAUUAUUAUGUGGGCACAGAUUUACAUAUACUUAUGUUCUGUAAAUGAUUUUCUAUGUGUUUUUGUUUGAUUAAUUAAUUAUUAUUAUACUUAUUUUGUAUUAAAAAUAUAUAUAUAUAUACCUAUAA